AUGAUUGACAGCCGCAAGGAGGAGGCUGCAGCCGACCAGACAAAGAAGGCUUAUUGCGAUGAGGAGAAGGCCAAGACGAAGGAGAAGGUGGACGACCUCACCAGCACCAAGGAGAAGCUGUCGGCCAAGGCCGAAGAGCGCUCGCCAGACGGCCUCAGCAAAAUACAUCUAAUGGAAG